AUGAGGGUCUUUCAAAAAUUUGCUGUUUCGUUCAUCGUUUUCGUGCUGAGCGAGUGCUCAAACGAAGCUGUCUUUCGAAAAAAUAAGCAAAAAUACUUGGCGAAUCAUGUCAUCGAAACAAAACAAGCAAAGUCCGAGUUUGAAUGUGGUUUGCUUUGUGCUCGUCGUUCAUUGUGUACGUCAGCCAACUACAAAACUUCUGGUGAAGAUAAAGGACGAUGUGAACUAAACAAUAAGACAAUGCAAGCAACAACCAAUGAUGAUGAACAAACAAAUCAUGAAUUCAACCAUCUUGUGAUAAUUAAACGAAACCCUACCACAUCAAGCUGUCCGACACCAGAGGAAUCAUUCACAAGUAAGAGUUAUACUACGAAUGUAUUACAAUCACCUGCAUCCACAUUACUAGAAACAAACAGUUCAACACCCCAACUAUCAAAUACGUCUUUAACAUGUUCUAAUGCGGACUGGAGGCAAAGUUUUGACAGCUUUGGUUAUUCGAAAUGUGGACAGAAUCUCUUUAUCACGGGAUUUUAUCGAAGUCCACCCAACGAUAGCAAGCAUCCCAUCAGUUUACUUGAAGGAGCAAGAUGUUGCAUGUCGUCUCUUGCGUACAGCGGUCAGAAUAGUCAGUGUAACAAGACGGGCUUCAAAGGUUCUUUCAAAAAAAAUGACACAUGGAAUCGUUGUCCAAAGGGGUACUUUCUGAAAGGGUUAAGACGCAAUAAUGACACAAGUUUACGUGCCAUCACAGGAGCUUUUUGCUGCAAACCUGAAAAUCAUCCUGACAAGUAUGGACCAUGUUAUGAUAAAGAUGUUGGAUCAUCCUUUGAUCGAGAAGGAUGGUCAAACUGCUCCAAGGCUGGUUAUUAUAUCACUGGUCUUUAUCGUGGAUCUGGUCAGUGGCUGAACGACAUCGAUAAAUUUCGAUGCUGUCAAAACGCUUAAAAAUAUCGAUAGAUUGCUUCGCUCUUUCGUGUCAAUUGAUAAAUUUUUAAAUGUUAUUAUAAUAUAAGUAUGGCAUAACGAGUAAUUUCAGAGUAUUUCCUUUUGAUCUGAUUAAUUGUUGUAUAUGUUAGAAAUGAAUAAAAAAAGCACGUCUCCUGCUUUUAUGGUGUAAUAAUAAUAUAAUUGAGGUUCACGGAGUCUGUUUGUAUUUCUUACAUCUCGAAUUCCGUAUAUACGAAAGUUUCUGCAAAGUUUUGAAGGAUUGAAGGAGAUGUAUUGUAGCUACUUCACUUAUAGUCAGUUUUUCCGUAUUCGUUUUCAUUCCUGAUACCUAUCGUAUGGACGCUAACUCAAUUGUCCUACAAUAUGUUAUUACUUAAAUUGCAUGUAAUGAUACACAAUUCAGUUUCCACUGCGAUGUAUUUCAUUACCACUUAAUGAAUGCAUUGUGUAUCUUUCUUUAUCUAGUUAUAUUCCUAUAUCUAUAGCUAUCAUAGUAUCCUAUAAAUGUGGUAUUGCAUCAAAGGUUGUAAAUGGCAGAUAAUUCAACUGUAAGAUCG